AUGGCAUCUCAGGCUCCUGGGUCAUCUGCACCAUCCUCCAACAUCAACUCCCCGAUCCUCCCCCCCAAUGGUGGACCCCUACUCAAUGCGCAAUUUACCGAUUUGAACACCCGAGCCUCUCCCGCUCCCUCCGCCCAAGGUGAUGGCCGUGCGAAGCGCAAUAAGAGAGAUAGUCGCAAAAAGCGGGAAGCCAAAGGCUUAGAUACUGAAAGUGCACCACCACCGAAGAAACGCGCCACAACAGCCACAAACACAGCUCUUCCAAGUUCCAAGUUGCGCAUUUUGCGCCCUCUGCUCCUUGCAGAACCACAUGACUCUGACCGAUUCCCCCCACAACCUCGGCAGCUGAACCGAGUGACGAGAAAGUCCUCAGAAGUCCUGGGCCAGAGCUGGGAUUUCUAUGAGGUCGUGGACAAGCUUACCAACAAGAAUGGAUUUCGCUACAGUUAUGCCAUUUCAGACCCGGGGUUCCCUCAUAUCAAAUAUCGCCAGACAGAUGUGCGCCCAUACAAUGCUCGGUUUAGCUUUGAGGACUCACCAGCGGCCAUUUCUUUCUCGGAAAAUGCCAGGGCGGUGACCACCAAUGAUGCGUGGCACACAGCUCGCGCCAAUGUAUGUGCUCGGGAAGGCACCUAUUACUACGAGGCUCGGGUGAUCAGUGGAGUUGUCAAAGAUCCCCAGGCCCCUCAAAAUGGCAGGCCGACUACUUCGCCUCGCGGCCAUGUCCGAAUUGGGUUCGCCCGGCGAGAAGCUGACUUGGACGCGAAUGUUGGCGUUGACUGCUACGGGUAUGGAAUUCGGGACGUCAACGGGGAAGUGGUCAACCGCAUGCGAUGCGAAUUCUUCUUCCCCAAGGGUGAAGCCAUCAAUGAAGGCGAUGUCAUUGGAAUGCUCAUCACUCUUCCGCCUCUAUCACUCCACAAAAAGAUCGUCGAAGGGACUUACGACCCGGUCACGGAUGGAGAUGGCUCAAAUCAGCCUCCCAUGGCAACGAAUAUCAUUCGUGAUCGGAUCCCUUUCCAUUACAAGUCGGACUUUUGUUGGCAGCAAUCCAACGUUUUCUCGACUAAACACCUCCGCGACUACGCCUUUAAUUUGAAAGAAACACCAACUUUUGGUCCGCCGUCUCCCCUCAAUAGUGAAGAUGCCACACUUCGCACCCUCCCUGGCUCCAGUAUCACCAUUCUGAAAAACGGUGUACCUAUGGGCACUCCCUUCAAAGAGCUUUACGCCUUCCUACCACCCGCCAGCCGUCUAGCCAAUGGCACCAAUAACCUGGGAAUCGGCGAGCGAGAAAAUGCCGACGACGGCAUGAUCGGAUAUUACCCCGCUGUCAGUUGCUAUGGCGGUGGCGCCGUCGAAUGUCGCUUCGAGGGACCGUGGUGGGUUGGUCCACCUGAGCACACCGAGACUGGAGAGCCCAUUCGACCGAUGGGCGAGCGGUUCAACGAUCAGAUCGUGGAAGACGUGGUAGCUGAUAUGGUGGACGAGGUCGAAGCCAUGUUCACCUGGGGUGGCAUUGACGGGAACGUCAUUAACAAUGGUACCGAGUUGGAGGCCAGCGUUGUAGGCGGACCGGAAGUCCUCAAGGGUGGUGUUGGAGCAGCGCUUGACUAUGCACUCGCCGCCAAUACCCCCGGCACCGCUGGGGCCUCUGAUUCAGCAGCUAAUAGCAACCGUGCGACUCCGGCUGCAGGCGAAGUCGGAAGCCAACCGGUUCCUGAGGCUCUGAGUGUUGGCACGGCUGGUACUCCCAACAUCGAAGUGCAAGGCGAUGGUGAUGGCGAUGUGGAAAUGACUUGA